UCCUUUUUAAAUAUAAUCAUGAGUGAUGAGACAAAAGUGACACGAUGGGUGGUGUUUGCUUUCUGGAGUGUUGUCUUACUUGGCUUACCCUUUUGGUGGAAAACUACAGAAGUUUAUAGAGCCAAUUUACCUUUUACAGAAAUAGAUGCGUGGCAAACCAAGCAGGCCUGUGAUUUCAUCAUGCCUACUACAUUCAUCAUUUAUAUACCAACUCCAUGGAGCAUGGAGAAGCAGGACUUGGCACGAGAUAUUCAACAACAAUUAUCCAACGCUUUAUCAGAGAAAUACAGAGACAAUUUUCCUAUCCAUGUCAGCGUCAAAGAGGAGAGAGAGGACGAUACAGGUGAAGAAAGCAUCGGUACCUAUUUUAUUCAUAUCGAAGAAUCCGAUAAAGUGGAUAUGCAUGUAGGAAGUCAACGAACAAGUACCAUUCGAUUAAAGGAUAAGAGCACGAUAGUAGAUACAUUAUCCAAGAUGAUUCCUCCUGUUUAUUUAGACGAAUAUGAGAGUUUGGGAAAUACGGCUUGUCAUGUAGAAAAGAUGGAUAAGAACGACGUGGCUAGUAUGCGUGCACUUAAGUAUUCUUCGCAGUAUGAAACUACCUUUAGUUUGAUGAACAAUAAUCCUGAUCAUAUGAAAAUGGAUUGGGAUAUUCGUGAUGCUGUCAAGACAUAUCUCACACCCUUUUUAAAGGAAGUCGCUGUCGUAUCCAAUUUCACCAUUGACUCACAGAUUCAAAACUACGCUCCUUUAUCACUGAGACCAAAGUUCAAGCAAAGAGAAAAUAGACCUAGUUAUUACUAUUUUGAACCUCGCGAUCUACCUCAUUUUGUAAACUCGGCUGAAUGGAAUUUAGCAUCUACAAUUACUUCCUACCCAAGCAUUAAUUUCAUUUUGUAUGUUCCUUUACAAGAAGAAGCACCUUUACGUAUUCAUGAUUCUCAGGGAAACCCAUUGUUAACAAGUGCUUUCUUGAUUCCUCGUUGGGGAGGUGUUGUGAUUAAGAAUCCACCCAAAGCUGCCACGGAUGAAUACCGUUUUACCAAAAAGGAUUUGCAACCCAUCAUCAAAAUCUUUAUUUCUCAACUCAGAAGUUUGAUUGGUAUCCAUGAUUUACAGACGAAACAAUUCCCAACUGCAGAGUAUGAUGUGACUUUUGAACCUGCAUCUAAGACGGGUAUCACCACAUUAGAAAAGGAUAAUUUAAUUCGUAGCCGAACUCUGGAAAAUGUAGUGAAUACGAUCAGCACACUGAAAUCGCUGUCCCAAUUAGUGGAUGAAAUCCCCAAUAUGGUAGUUCAGGAUCAUAUCAAUAGUAAAGUGCGUGAUUCGUUAGAUGCAUUGACUUCCGUAAGUGAAGCACUGGCAGUUGAAAACUAUGUGGUGGCAUUGCAACACUCGAUUAAAGCGAUUGAGCUUGCUGAAAAGGCGUUUUUUGACCCCACCAUGGUAUCUAUGCUUUAUUUCCCGGAUGAGCACAAGUAUGCGAUUUAUAUGCCUUUAUUUGUACCUAUUUCUGUACCAUUGAUCAUGGCACUGUUAAAGCAAUUUAAAGCAUUAAAGCAGUCCAAGAUAAAGAAGGAAUAAAUA